AUGUUGUUUGGGCAAAGUAGGAAGGGAUCCGUACAGCAACGUGGCGAGAGCAAGUCCAAAGAAGAUGAAAUCAAGCCAGGAUGGAGAUUGACGGCGUCUUUUCAUGACCUGCUGUUUGGUUCUUGUUUGUCAGCGCUGGUUCAGCGUGUACAGCUUCUCACUGGUUUACACCGAGUACACAAGCAAACAACCACCAACGCUUUGAAAACCAAAGCAAACAAGGUGAAAAUGGGAUGGCAUGAAAUUCAGAGUCCUCUUUCCAUGAUUCAGUACUUGUUUGGUGCUAAACAAGCCUGGUUCCACUUUUACAGCUUCUCACUGGAUAAUACCAAGAACCAUCAUACUCAGCCACCAAACUUUGAAUAG